UCACAAAUCACAGGUGUAUGCAAAGUAGUUUUAGGGCAACGAUAAUGAAGUAAUGGACAACGACUUAGAUCUUUCUUCCCUUGUGGAAAAAACUCGCAACAUAAACGUUCCUAUUGGUCACAUAAUUGCUUCUCAGAAGUGGAGGAAUUCGGAACUGCAUCACAGUUUACAAAGUUAUGUACAGGUCCUGUUUGAAGAUGAUCUUGGAGUUGUAGACUUUUUUCCUUCCAGUAGACUAGGUGUGGUCUACCUCACUGAACCAGACUUAGUGGCAUUCUCAGGCCAAAAGAAAAAGUUAGCCAAGCUGAGAAAGGCUGACCGUGUUCAGGCAGUGGUGCUCGCAGAGAAGACUUCCACCAGUGGUCAGUAUUACCCAGAUGUCCAGAAGUUCUGUCUCAUGGAUCUAGGCUUCACCAUCAUUCCUGUACCAACUCAAAAAGAGGCAGCUUCAAUACUAUCGCAGAUGGUAGUCAGUGAGAGUCAGACAAAUGCCAAUCCAUUUCUGAGGAGGAAGAUCUAUCCUAUAGAUGAAGCUUUACUGGCCACAAUCAAAUGUAUUCCAGGCCUCGGAGGUGUCAAAGCUCGAGCGCUGCUGGAAGGACUUGGAAGUAUUGAAAAUAUAUGCAGCGCUUCAGAUCAGGAACUCUCCUUGAUAAUAGGCAAAGCUGGUGCUGAGAAUGUUAAGAAAUUUAUCAACAAGAAAUGAUGAUUUCUUUUUUCUACAGAGUGCCUUAUUAGCUUACCUGAGCCAAAGGCUUAAGUGAGCUUUUCUGAUAGAAGUGUGUUCUGCGUCUGUUUGUUUAUUGUGUAUUAUGUCUGUACUUCUCAAGAAUCACUGGAUUUUUCAAUUUCAACCAAACUUGCCACAAAGCAUCCUUGGGUGAAGUUGAUUCAAGUUUAUUCAAAUCAUGACUCCCAGGGGUAGGGUGUGGCCACAAAGGGCAAACAAAGGAAUAAAUAGGCUAAUCUUCAAAAAAAUGUUCUUCUCAAGGACAGCAAAGCCAUGGUUACUCAUAUUGUUAUGGAAGUAUCCUCAAGGUACCGUAAGUUCAAGUUUGUUCAAAUCAUGACCCUUAGUGGGUAGGGUUGGGCCACAAAUGGCAAUCAAAAUUUUACAAAAGAAUAUAUAUGUAAAUAUUUAAAAAUCUUCUCAAGAACAGCAAAGCCAAGAUAAGUCACAUUCAUGUGGAAACAUCCUCAGGAAGAGUAGAGUAGAAAUCAUGACCCCCCCCACCCCCCCCCACCCCCACCCAGGAGUAAGGUGGGGCCACAAUAGGCAAUAACGUUUUAAAUAGGAAUAUGAAGGAAAAAAUCUUUACAAAUCUUCUUCUCAAGAAUAGCAAAGCCAUGAUUAGUCAUAUUAAUAUAGAAGCAUCCUCAGGUAGAGUAGAUUCAAGUUUGUUCAAAUCAUGACCCCACAGAGGUAGGGUGGGACCACGAUAGGAGAUCAAAGUUUUACAUAGGAAUAUAUCUGGAAAAAAAAAAUGUUGAUGAAGAACGGGGGCUAUAGUGACUCAGUUGAGCAUUGUGGCCCAUGGGCAUUUUGUUUGUACAUGUAUAUAUAAACUUAUAUGAAUAAACAUCAACUAGCA